AUGUCAAGGUCCAGGCCCACCAGCGGGGCCUUGAUGCCGGGCGCUGUCAUCCUGACGCCUCCCUCACUCUCGGAAAUCCUGUCCAACACUUCCUCGCCACCAUGGACGCUAGCAGCCUUCAUGGCCUAUCUUUCUCAGAACCACUGCUUGGAAACGCUCGAGUUCACCAUGGAUGCCGAGCGGUAUCGCACGGCCUACGAGCAGAUCAUUACUAAUCAGGAGUGGAUUGGCGACGGCAAAGAGCACGUUUGCUCGCUAUGGGAGAAGCUGAUGCAGGCAUACAUCAUCCCUUACGCUCCCCGAGAAGUCAACCUGCCUUCCCGUGUACGGGAUCGUCUCACCGCCCAGCAGUGCCCUCCUACCCCUCCCCCUCCUUCCGAACUGGACGAGGCCGUCAAGAUCGUUUAUGAGCUCAUGAACGACUCCGUUCUCGUGCCUUUUAUUGAGUCCGUCAUGCCUGGUCACGGUGAUGUGCACAUGGAGGAGGACGGACAUGAUGCGCGGCAAGGACGCUCUCGCCUCCAGGUAGAGGGCGCCGGGACCAGGUCAGAAGAACCCAAGAGAUCUCCCAAGUUUCUUCCUCAGCUGACUGUUGGUCGCAGUGGAGCCACCAGUCGAUCGGCCUCUGCAUUGGGCGUGGAGCGCGAAGGACUGACGGAUGACAGCGGCAGUGCCGCCUCGCCCGGCACAGAGCCCAUGACGCCUCCUACCACGCCGCCCACGUCGGACUGGACAUUCAGUACCUCGCCCGGCGGCCUCCAACGGGCCUUGACGGCCCACAACAACGGCUGGAAGAAGGUUGGCGCAAAGCUGGGACUGCAUCGCAAGUCGCGAUCUAACCGCCGCAACAACGCACCUUCUUCGGCGCCCACCACGGACGGAGACGUCACCAUGGCGGAAGCCAGCCACAGCAACCCAUUAUAG